CACACAUAGCAUUUCACCGAUGUGCAGGGAAGGGACCCUGCGAGAUUUAUCCAAAGAGCCCUAGGAUUCGGUGUUUUGUGGCUUUGCUGUGUUUGAAGGCCCAAAGCCCACAUCUGGAAACAAAACCAAAACAACCCCGCCACAGGCCAAUGGUAAAACGUGGGGGAGAUCAUGGCAUGGCCAAUGCCCUGCCAUUGCAAUGGCAGAGAUGUUAUGAGGCUAAUAGAUGCUCAGGUCAUAGGAUGCUAUGGCUGGAAGGGACCUGUCAGAGUUGGGUCACCCCUGAUGAAACCAUUGCACUCGAGUUUGUGUCCAACCUGCUCCUGAAAAACUCCAGGGACCCUCUUAUUCCCCCUGAAAGGGUUGGAAAGGCAUUAUUGACCCUGUAGUUUGUUAGCCCCCUGACCCCUGCAGCAUCCAUCCUUACAGCGAAGCUGGCUGCAAGCUUGCCCGACAAGAGCAGACCCACGCCCCUGCUGUUGCAUUGACGUCUUGUUCAGGCAUUUGCAAAGUCCUAGGUGCUCAGAGUAAGCUGCCUUCCAGGACGUGGAUGGAGCUAACUCCUAGGGCUGCUGCAGCUUAUGACAUCAGCUGUGAUGUCAUAGUGCAGAGCCAGGCAGGGAGCAGCAGUAGGAGAGAGGGAGGUUAGGAAUCAGUGGAGUCUAUGAGCCGUGGAUUGGGUGGGAGAUUUACGGUGCAGAUAUAUUCCCCAUUGACUGAUUCAGUCGCAGGUUUUGGAGAGGCGUCGAUCAGAGGAGUCCGUCGUGGUGCAACUCCAGGGCCUGCGCCUUUGCCUCUUAUCUCCACUCCUAGCAUCCCCAUUUCUCCUGGGAGGAAGGUGGCCAAUGCCACAUCACUGAGGCACCGUCAUGCUGAGGAUAGCCAAAUCCAGGGAUGUCCUUGGAGUGGAGCAAGAGGCACCCCCGGCGCCCCGACUCAUCAGGGUGACGGUGAAGACCCCCCGGCAAAUGGAGCCGUUCAUGGUGCCCGUGGACAGAGGCGUUAAGGAGUUUAAGGAAGAAGUCGCGGCCCGCUUCUCUUCUCCCCCCGACCGGCUCGUACUCAUAUUCGUCGGCCGGAUUUUAAAGGAUCACAAGACCCUGAGUGAGCAUGGCAUCCACGAGGACGCCACCGUCUACCUGGUCAUCCUGUCCCGGGGCAGACACCUGGAUCAUCCCAGGCAUGAGACCGUCUCCUCCUGGCACGUGCCUGCUGUUCUUCCAGCCCAAAGCAGCGCCCCGUCCAGGCCCAGCUCGGUGGGCAGCACCGCCGUCAGCACAGACAGCCUGCAGCAUCUCAUCAGCACCCUCGGCUUGCACACGGCCAACUUCUCCGACUUCCAGAGCCAGCUCCAGGCCCACCCCGAAAUGAUGCUCCGUCUCCUGCAGGACCCCUUCAUUCAGAGCAGGCUAUCCCAGCCCGAUCUCAUGGUGGAGCUGGUCACGGACGAUGCCCUGAAGGAGGAAGUGAUGAGGAGGAUCCCGGCGCUCGCCCGCUUCCCGAACAUGCCGGAGCUGCUGCGGCUCGCGCUGGAGCUGGCUCGGCGCCCGGCCGCGGUGUGGGAAAUCAUGCAAAGCCCCAGCUCGGCCUUGAGCUACGUGGCAAGCAUCCUGAGCAGGGAGAAGGCAGAGCCGAGCGUCUGCUCUGAGGAUCAGGGAGCUGCAUGGAAAGCAGCCCCCAAGCAGGUUGCUUCUGUUGAGGGCCAGGCCUCCUUGGCCAGCCCCCAAAGCCAGCUGAGUGCCGAAAUCAGGCACCUUUUCUCCCAACAAGCUGCAGCGUCAAUAAAGCCGUUCCAGCCCCUCCAGGGGAAUAAGGGGGUUCCUGGAUCUCACCAGGACGGCAGCUGCACGAGCCUCGGUGGUGAUGUGAGCAGCAGCAUGGGGCAGAGAUGCAGCAUCCCAGACCUGGCACCCACAUCCACAGCGGCAAAAAGCCUCCUCCAGCAGCUCAUGAAGCAGCUCAUGAAGCACCUUCUGUCUGGCCCAUGCACGAGGGGCACCAGGCAGAUGCUCCCCCUUGACUUGGAGAGGAAGGGGCUCCAGAAGGCCUCUGGGGAGCCUCAGGUUCGAGAGCAGCCGCUCUCAGCUGCCUUCUUGCAGCACACGUGCAACCUGGAGAGACCGGGAGCCGUGCCGAAUGCAAGAGACGUGCAGAUGCUGGCCCGGAUUGAGCAGAGUUUGCAGAUGCUUGCAGAUUCUUGCAGGUCUCCCACUGUGGGGUACACCUCCCGUGGAGGGGCUGAGGAGCGCUGGGGCAGCUCCCAGUGAAAAUGCCCACAGAAGCCAGCAAGCUCCUGGUUCAACAGAUGCUGAUUUUGGUGAAGACUGGCCCCCGCGAGUGCCUGCAGCAUCUCUACCCAACAGCUGGAGCUUGCUGUCUGCAAAGGGCUUCCUGAAUGCCAGUCAGCUGUGAUAGAGAUCAGGGGAGAUAUCCAGGCAGUCUCCAUCGGAGCCAUGAUUAAAAGCCUA